AUGGCUUCAAAUUUCGAUAGAUGGGAAAAAGAUCCCUUUUUUUCGGCUGCAGAAGAGGUUCAGGAAUCUGCCGACAGGAUGGAAUCUACUUAUAGAACAUGGAUUCGUGCACAGAAGGAUAGUUCUGCUGUUUGGAAUUCCAAUGACCUUCAUGGAGAUCUCCAAACUACCCUCGGCACUGCGAAGUGGCAGUUGGAGGAAUUUGAACGGGCAGUGAAUUUGAGUUAUACUAGUAGUAAUUCAGCUGAUGAUGCAAAAGAUAGGCACCGGGACUUCAUUCAUGCAAUUGAGAGUCAGAUUUCAAAGGUUGAAAGCUCUUUAAAUGAAUCUACAGUCUCACAGGGCAAGCCACCAUUGCCUUGGGUUCAAUUAAAUGAAGGAGAACGCAAUGAGCUCGCCAUAUUUCUUUCUGGACCAUCACCAUCUUCCACGGAUAAAAUUGUGGCCAAUAUUCAUAGUAUAGACCAGGGAAUGAAGUACUCGCAAGAGUCUUGUAAACAGUCAACGACUGCUGAUUGUUUGAGGAAUUCAGCUAAUUUGAUGGAGUGGGGUCGAGUGGAGGCUAAGGAGGAGAAGAUGCCAGGGCAUCGGAGGACAGCUAGUGCCAGUGCUGACAUUGGCUCCUGGAAUAUUGCAGUGUCUGAUGGCGCCUUACUCCAUAGUUCCUCUAGUGAACAACCUGAUCCCCCACCUAGAAAGAUACCUAGCUUUUCAGGGUUGUUAAAUACGAUGGAAUCAUCUGUGUCAAAGUUGAAGUGGUCUAAGAAUGGUUACAGGAAGUUAAAGCUUAUGGAUCACCACCAAGAAGCUGAUAAUGCAUUACCUCAAACUCAAAACCUGACCAGAGGCAUCAAUGUAUGUUAUGAGAAGAGUAAAAGCUGCCUUGAUGGUUGUGAUGAUUAUUAUGACAAGCAACUAUAUGGUUGGUAUGGAGCCAUCCAGAGACAGCUCCAGAGGUCCCAAUAUCAAAUGCAAUACAGUCGACCUGUUCAAGUCGCCUUGUCCACUAUUAUCCUUCUUUGCUUGAUUGUUCUGUUGGCAUUGUGUACAGUGUGA